AUGGAGCUGCAGAAGUCGCCCAUGUUAAAGCGCAAACGAGUUGGCAGUGGCGAGGUUGACUUGUCCCAGAGACCCAACAAACGGCGCAUGGAGAGACCACCGCAAGUGUUCGUCCCCGCAAACCCAACGCCAAUAGAAAAGCCGUUGGCGGUCGCUUCCCCUGCCAGGAAUGAGAUGCCAGUGCAAUUCGACCUCCCACGAAAGGUUGAGCAGACAGAGAUGGACAAUGCACAACCAGUCUUGGACGCGCCCUCCACCGUUCGGCUGAAGCCCGACAAGCAGACGCUUCGUCAAAUUUUGAACUCACAGAUCAGUCUAGAGAUCCUGUUGAAGCACAAUGAACUUCGUCUGAUCGACCAGGAGAUCGCCAAGUGUCAAAUAGCGCUAGAGCAGUUACGGCGGUGUGCGGAAAUCCCUUACCCGGUGACAGGACUUUCCCAAAAUGCUAGCCAAGGGCUAGGUCCAGUCGUCAGAUCAUCGAGGUUAACCGUGCAACCCGAAUCCCCGGCCCCAUGGGGUGUCACCGAUGGACCGUACACAAGGCACUACGCCAAAUGGCUAUUACCGGAUCCCUUGUUCGAUGGAGGCGAUGUGCCUGGGAAUGCUGGUCUGAACACACCAGCUGGCAAAACACCAACCAAGGGUAGGUCCACGCGAGGCAGUUUCGCAGAUUCAAGCACGGCUGCAGGCAAGUCAAAGGCCCAACGAGCAGGGAAAUUUCAUGCCCUGUCCAGCGGCUAUCCACAACCGAAGGAUAAAGCUGGUCCGAUGAUUCAGAAACGCAAAUCUGACGGCCUGCUCGUCAAGCUCGUCUGUCUCGACUGUCGACGGGACAACUUUUCGAGCGCGCAAGGUUUCAUCAACCAUUGCAGGAUUGCCCAUAGUCGAAAUUUUGCGAGUCAUGACGCUGCAGCUGAUGCAUGUGGCGAACCUGUGGACGUGGAUGAGGCUGGUGCUGUGAUAGGUGGUGAGGGAUCUGCCGGCAGUUCCACGACUGGACUGGUUCAUCCUUUAAUCUACACUGCUCUUCUUCCGAAACAAGAGACGCCAAAGAAAUCAUCAGAUCCUAGGCCAACCAGGGCGGGGACAGGUCCUCCAGAUGAACAGCCAUUGAAAUCUUCCGUCGCCGAUAUAGCCGAGCAUUCUUUAGCUACUCAACUUACCCCGUCACCACUCACCCCUAACUUAUCUUGUAUGAUGCAGAGAAAGGGAGCCAGCCUCGAUCUUCAAGGCCUGGUGGCUUACAUGAAAACCUCAGUACCUGUCGAUGACCCUUCGGAGAGCGAGGGCGAAGGCGAUGAAGACUCCAAAAUGGCAGAAGCUCCCCCCCUUGGACGACAUCCACAUCUCACCGGAAGCAUGCAACCCGCGUGUUCCACAGCGACAGUACAACCAGACUCACCUUCUGGCAGCCGGAAGGGAGCGCACAAGUCGCGCAUGCUACACGACGCCGAUCAGCCUUCGCUACCACCUGCCCCCCCAGCAGUGGCAGAUGUUAUCACCUCGCAUCCAUGUGUGCCUCCAUUACAUGGCAACGAGCUAGAAUCUUCACCAACUAAUGAAAUCAAUCAAGCUCCGAGCCUGGUUGACGACGAUGGGGACGAUGAUUGCGAAGCACACUCGCCUUCGUACUCUGCUUCUUGCUCCAUCGAUACCGAGAACCGAGACCUAGAUUUUGAAGUUGAAGAUGGGGAUGAGGGUGGUCCGUCUACUCGAAAUCGGUCUACGGAGUCAGAUUACACUGGCACUGCAAAACAUCACCCUCCACCUGCUCCUCCACGGCGGGCAUCUGCAUUUCGCAGGAGCAUUAGCGGCAGAGAGGAGAAGCAUGUCAGCUUUGUAAGUCCGAGUCCAGCUCGUGAAGCUGAGCCGUCAAAGAAGGCCGGCGGUCGUAAGAGGAGAAGAACAGGGACUGUUCCGUGA